AUGCAGCAGAACCAUAAGUCUCAUCUGCAGAAGAGGUUUCAGUGUCUGAUUGAGGGCAGCAUAGAGCAGAGAAGCUCCACAGAACUGAAUAAGGUCUACACAGAUCUCUACAUCACAGAGGGGGGGAGGGGAGAGGUCAAUGAAGAACACGAGGUCAGACAGAUAGAGAGAGCGUCCUGGAGAGAGGAGAAAUUAGGCAGACCAGUCAAAUGCAGUGACAUAUUUAAACCUGGAUCUGGACAAAACAAACCCAUCAGAUCAGUCCUGACUAAGGGAGUGGCUGGCAUUGGAAAAACGGUCUCUGUGCAGAAGUUCAUUUUGGACUGGGCUGAAGGGAAAGCCAAUCAGGAUGUCGGCUUCAUAUUUCCAUUUCUUUUCCGGGAGCUGAAUCUGAUGAAGGAGAAGAAAUUAAGUCUGGUGGGACUUAUCCAGCAUUUUUACCCCAAGAUAGAAGCAGAAGAAAUACUCACCAGUUCAAAACACAGAGUAUUGUUCAUCUUUGAUGGUCUGGAUGAGUGUCGAUUUCCUUUACAGUUCAAUCAAAACCCUAAGUGUUGUGAUAUGACAGAGCAGGUUUCAGUCAACAUGUUGCUGACAAACCUCAUCCAGAGGAAUCUGCUUCCUUCUGCUCUCCUCUGGAUCACCACCCGACCAGCAGCUGCCAGUCAGAUCCCUUAUGAGUGUGUGGACCGGGUGACAGAAAUAAGGGGAUUCAACGAUCCACAGAAAGAGGAGUACUUUGGGAAGAGAAUCAGUGAUGGGAAUCUGGCCAGCCGAAUCAUCAGCCACCUGAAGUCAUCCAGGAGCCUCUACAUCAUGUGCCACAUUCCAGUCUUCUGCUGGAUUGCAGCCUUUGUUGCAGAGAGAACAUCAGAAGAAUCAGACAAAGCUGAAAUGCCAAGGACUAUGACUCAAAUGUACAGCCGCUUUCUCAUCAUUCAGACCAGCAUUAAAAAGGACAAGUACACAGAGAGAAAAGAGACAGAAGAAGAGAUCAUUUUCAAACUGGGGAAACUGGCAUUUCAGCAGCUGGAGAAGGGUAACCUGAUCUUCUAUGAGGAAGACCUGAGAGAGGCUGGCAUCGAUGUCACAGAAGCAUCAGUGUACUCAGGAGUAUGUACUCAGAUCUUCAGAGAGGAGAAGGAUGUUUCCCAAGCAAAGGUGUCCGUGUUCAGCUUUGUACAUCUGAGCAUCCAGGAGUUCCUGGCAGCGGUGUAUGUGUUUCUCUGCUUCAGCAACAGAGAGGGAAACAUGUCUGACCAACAGCAAACCUCUCAGCUCUCUGCCCUGUUCAGAACUGCAACACUUCAUGACUUGCACAAGACUGCAGUGGAUCUGGCCUUACAGAGUAGGAAUGGGCACCUAGACCUUUUCCUCCGCUUCCUUCUGGGUCUCUCACUGGAGUCCAAUCAGAACCUCCUAAAAUGCCUACUGCCAAAGACCAGUAGCCAAUCACAGAGCUCAGUGCAGACAGCCCAGUGUGUCAAAGAGAAAAUCAGAGUUGAGAAAGAGCAGCUAGGUGGGUUUGACCUGCAGAAAUACAUAGAGACACCAGAGAAAGACCAGACCGAACUCCUCAGCCCUGAUGAUGUUCUUCAGAAGCUGGUGCCAGUGGUCACAACAUCCACCGUGGCAGAGCUGAUUAACUGUGAGCUGACAGAUAAGAGUUGUCUGCAUCUGGUCUCUGUCCUGUCAUCUCCCUCAUCACGUCUCACAAAGCUACAGCUGGACCACAAUGAUCUGUGUGACUCUGGAGUGGAACUCUUAUGUUCUGGACUCCAACAACAACACUGCAGAUUGGAAACACUGGAAAAGCUACAGCUGGACCACAAUGAUCUGUGUGACUCUGGAGUGGAACUCUUAUGUUCUGGACUCCAACAACAACACUGCAGAUUGGAAACACUGGAGCUGUCUAACUGUAACCUGACAGAUAAGAGUUGUCUGCAUCUGGUCUCUGUCCUGUCAUCUCCCUCAUCACGUCUCACAGAGCUGCACCUGAGUGUCAAUGAUCUGCAUGACUCUGGAGUGGAACUCUUAUGUUCUGGACUUCAACACCAACAGUGCAGAUUGGAAACACUGUGGGUGGGCCGUCUAGCACCUGAGCAGCAGUGA